AUGUUGAGUGUACUUAGAACUGUUAGUAAGAGACCUCUGUGGCAAGCGACUAGGACGAUCUCCACUAGUCAUUUCCUACUUCAGAAACCACCAAAGGAUGGUAAACCACAAUCCAUUCUAACAGAUGAUAUGUUAUCCAAGGCUGGUAUGGAUAUUGAUGAGCCAACCUCUAAGGAUACAUCAGAGGGCGAUGGUGCUGAUAAAGCUGCAAAGGAUGGCAAGACAGGUGGUAAGUCAAAACGUGUAAGACAAACAUCUACCGAAGUCAAGAGAGAAAGAUAUGCUAAUUGGUUUUAUAUUUUCUCGUUCUCAGCUUUAUCUGGUUCUGCUCUAUAUUUAACCAGAGAUUGGGAAGAAAAUGAACCACAAGAGAUGAAGGAUAAAGUUGAAAAUGGAUAUGUACCAAGUUUAAUGUAUCAAAGAUUCAAAUUAAGGUUCAAUUCUAUGUUUACAUAUUUCCAAGAACCACCAUUCCCAGAUCUUUUACCACCAUCUCCUCCACCACCAUAUCAAAGACCCUUAACUUUAGUGUUAAGUCUUGAAGAUUUAUUGGUUCAUUCAGAAUGGUCUCAAAAACAUGGAUGGAGAACUGCAAAGAGACCAGGUGUUGAUUAUUUCCUUGGUUAUUUAUCUCAAUAUUAUGAAAUUGUAUUAUUUUCAUCGAAUUAUAUGAUGUAUUCUGAGAGAAUUAUUGAAAAAUUAGAUCCACUACAUGCAUUCAUUUCUUAUAAUUUAUACAAAGAACAUUGUGUUUAUAAAGAAGGUGAACAUAUUAAGGAUUUAUCUAAAUUGAAUAGAGAUGUUAACAAAGUAAUUAUUAUUGAUACUAAUCCAACCAAUUAUAAAUUACAACCAGAAAAUGCUAUUCCAAUGAAGUCCUGGGAUGGUAAAGCAGAUGAUAAAUUGAUUAGUUUGAUUCCAUUUUUAGAAUAUUUAGCUACGCAACAACCAACUGAUGUUAAACCAAUUUUAAAUAGUUUCAAUGAUAAAUAUGAAUUACCACAAGAAUUUGAAAUUCGUGUUGAAAGAUUAAGAGAAAAAUUUCAAGCUGAGCAAAGUCAAAAAAUUAAUGGUAAUUGGGCAUUAAAAUUAUUAGGUGUUUCGACUUCAAGUAAUGUAACACAAGCUGCAAAUAAAUUCCCAUUGGAUUUAAUUCGUGAAGAAGGGGAAAAGAAUUAUGUUAGAUUUAUGAAGAUGAUUGAAGAAGAAAAACAAAAGAUGAAGAUUCAACAGGAACAAAUGAGCGGUCAAACUUUUACUUUAAAGGAUUAUGUUGAAGGUAAUAUUCCAACACCUGAAGAACAAAUGCAGAAACAAGUUGAAAAACAAAAGGAAAUUGAUGCAAUCUUUGAAGAACAAAAGAAAGAACAAUAA